AUGAUGCGGCAAAACGACGGCGUAGGCUACCGACUGGGAGUAUGGCCCUGGAAUCGACGCCCAGCGGACAGCGAACUCCUGGAGCCGAAGUGCCGCUCGCCACGGUUGCUGUUCGGGAUCGGUGCGGUGCUCGGAAAGCCGGGCGCUUACUAUGCCAUGCAACGUAUACGCGGUGCUCGUAGAUCUCACCAGGCGCUAUGUUCCGUCUAUUCUCGGCGUUUUGUUGCAAGUCUGUCGGAGUCCUGGGCUGAAGCACAUACAACAGACGCCGCAGCUGAAGCGCUCGUGCAGGAGGGUGUGCUGACGCGCGGCUCGCGUGAGUACCGUCUGUUCCACGGACUCUCAGCGACGCGGGCCGAAAAAGUCCUUUAUGCUCUGCGUAACCGAACGGAUUGCGUCGCGGUUGUCCUCGACGGGGUUCACGGUGUCCAUAACCUGGCUGCAGUCUGCCGGUCCUGCGAUGCCUUUGGGGUCCAGAACGUGCACUUUAUUCCCCCGGAUCGGUAUGCGCUUCAUUCAGAGACAGGUUCAGAGUCAGAAACAGGGCCAUAUGCGACGAGCGCCACUGCCAAGGCUCAUUAUCUGGGCCAGUUCCUCAAGUCGGCUGCAUGCGAUACCGCUGGGGGUGCCCACAAGUGGCUGAGCCUGAAGACCCACGGAAGCGUUCCUGAGCUCGUAAGUAGACUCCGAGCGCUGGACUAUCGUAUUUUCGUAUCCAGCGUCUAUGCGGAUCGAUGCAUUUCUCUGUAUGAUUUGAACUUUGUGGAUAGUAGGUAUCAGAAAUGUGCGUUUGUGUUUGGAAAUGAGAAUUCAGGGGUCUCCGAACAGCUGCAGGAGGCUGCGGACAGUCUGUUUACGAUCCCAAUGUACGGAUUUGUCGAGUCGCUGAACGUGUCCGUAUCAGUGGCAACGACACUCUCCUACGUAACACUUCAGCUUCGCAAGCAACUCGGUUCCGACUUUCCACUGCCAGUCGCGAGAAAACGUGAAGUACCGUAUUUUUGGCUGCAUGGUGGCUCGUUUGGUGAGCUCGAGCGCACGGCGACUCGCGGACAGGCGUCGAAUGUGCGGGGUCUCUUCAAGGAAGGGCGUAGUGCUUUCUCGGUUUUUGGGCGUCGCUUCGAGCAAGAGCUCCGGAAGAAGGGUCUAUUUGGGCUCGAACCGAGCGGCCCCAACGCUGUGCUUGCCCCAGUGACUCGACAGCAGUACGCCAGACGAAUACAGAACUACCUCAUUCGUCGAAAGGGUGGCGUUUUUGGCGAAACCGAUCCCCUGCGACGACGACGCCAUCACGCGGAAACCUUUAUAGGCCUUCUCGCUUGGAUGAGCAUUUGUGUGCGGAAUGUCGAGUUUGCACAUGCGAGCAGUCUACUACCCGUCUACAGAGCCGUAUUCAGCAAGGUCGACGAGGUGAUGGAGACUGACGCUUCCGCUGCUGCUGCGCUGCGUGUCGCUGCGCAGCCGUGGAGCAUUCUGGACGACACCGGUGCCAAGCACUGCGUCAAGCUGGUCUGGGAAGUCCUGGAAGCGGAGUCAGCUACCUCUGGAAUCGAUGUCGCUGGCCUGCGCACGGCGGUGAUGAAGCUGAAUCCCCGCAUUGUUGCGACUCGCCUGCUGUGUGACGUUCUGCAGAUUGACAUGCACACUGACCUGAAAGCGACCGAGUGGGCUGCAGCAACCUUUGGUCCAGCGGCUAUAGAGGAAAUGCAGAGCUUACCACAAACAGAAUGGUACCAUAUCCAGACUGCAGUGCGUCUACUGCACGCAUGCGACGUUCGACGGCUAUUCUACCUCAGCUGCGACAGCGAAUCAGUUUCACGAACAGACAGGAAAACCUUCUUGCAUCAUCCAAGACAUAGCCUGUAUGAAUGCUACUUUUGGGACGUGAUGCGUUCAGCAGGGGCGGAUGCCCCUGCAGCUGGCGACUGUGAUACGCAGAACGUACCUGUACUCAGUUUUAAUUCGUAUGCACCUGACAGCAUGGAGCUCACAGCGCUUGCGAAUAGCUCUGGCGCCUCCGCUGAAGCUCAUGAAGAGCUGCGCCCGCAUUUGCAUUUAGAACGAGCAGUCCAGGCGAUUGCAUUCGAUUUCCAGCGUUUGCGCAACGUAUGA